AAACAUUUUCCGAAACCGGCAAUAAAAACAUAAAAAUGUACAUUUGUGGUUGAAAACACGUGUUUUUUUACAGUUUUAUUUGUAAUUUUAUUGUAAAAAUGCAGUUUGUGUUGUAGAUAGACAAAACAAUAGACGGAAACAUCUCGUGUUUCAUCAAAAUUCCCUCACAGCGAAGGAGUAGAAAUCUUCUUUCGAACGAAUCUGAGGCUCGCGGUCGCGUCGAACAGCAAUGAAUCUGCUGCCCAAAAGUACGGCCGACUUUGGCUCGACCGAGUAUUGGAACAGUUUCUUCCGGAAGCGUGGCAAGCAAGCGUUCGAGUGGUACGGCGAGUAUCCGGAGCUGUGUACCCAGCUGCAUCAGUACAUCAAGCCGAAGGAUGAAAUACUCGUCGUCGGUUGUGGUAACUCGAAGCUGAGCAUGGACCUGUACGAUGUGGGGUUCAAGAAAAUCACCAACAUCGACAUAUCGCCCGUCGUCAUCAAACAGAUGCAGGAAGCGAACCGGCUCAAUCGGCCCGAAAUGACCUGGAACCAGAUGGACGCAACCGCGAUGACCUUCCCGAACGAAACGUUCUCCGUCGUGCUGGACAAGGGUACGCUCGAUGCACUGUUCACCGAUGAGUCUACCACCGUCGUUACCAUGGUGCGCAACUACUUUGCCGAAAUUGGUCGCGUCCUGCGUCCGGCCGGCCGGUACGUUUGCAUUUCGCUCCUGCAGGAGCACAUCCUCCGGGAGGUUGUGAGCCACUUUCCGGCCGCCCACUUUAUGCUGCGCAUUGUACGGUGCCCCGAGGCGGGCAAAGGCCGUGGAACGGAAGACGCUCCCAAUGCGGACGGCUCCUCGCUCGUAGUGUUUGCGAUUGUGGCAACAAAGCUGAAAAACAUGCCACUGCGCGUGCUUGAGGUAGGCCUCGCCGGCAGUCACAUAGAACGGGUGCAGCGGCCCGAAGAGAUUAUAGCAGCCGUAGCUGCCACCCAGAAAGCGGCCAUGGUUUGCAAUGGGUUAGCACGCGGUAGCAUUGCGGGGAUGGCCGAAGUAUCGCUGGAUUUGUUCUCACCAUCUGACAAGGAGCGACCACGCUACACGAUCCACGUGCUCGACCAGGCACCGAAGAGGGGUAACGGCAAAUACGCGGCCUUCAUUGUUCCGCAGGGCCGCGAAACGGAGUGGCUGUUUGCGACACCGGCCGGUCGCAGAAAGCUGCAAGAAUCGGCCAAGUUUGAUCGACUUGCAAUCGUAACGCUUCACCGGGGUCACUUGUACACCGAUCUGGAAGCGGUCAAAGCGGAACUAGCGGAGAGUGUAAAAUCACUCGCACCGCAACAAGUGUUGCAGGGCGCAUCGAUACCGUACCUCUCGAUCGGUGCGGAAGUAGGUCGCCGGGAAACGAUCCAUACCGGCCGCAGCGAACUGUCCGGUGAGUACGUGGUGGAGGAGAUUGCCGGCGAGAAUGGGCGCCUGUUCCGGCGGCUCGUUUUCCUCUCCAACCAAGCGGUGGUACAGUCGGAGGCGGCACUCAAAAUGGCCCGCGUGCGUGGCAGCCGUGCACCACAGAAGGUGAUCGAUGCGGGCUACCUGGCCUGUCAGCAUCAUCUCUUCAUGACGGUCGGCGUACAGCUGGCGGCGAACAUGGACGCCACCGGUAGCUGCCCCAUUGCCGUCGUUGGGCUCGGUGGCGGUGGACUGUGUACGUUCAUUCGCGAGUGUCUUAAAAAGACCACCAUUACAGCGGUUGAGAUCGAUCCGGAGGUGGAACAGAUUGCGGUGAAAUAUUUCGGCCUCACGCUCGAUGCACGGCUGCGGGUCGUGAUUGCCGAUGGGUUACAGUUUCUGGCGGAUGAAGCGGCACGGGGUGCGCACUAUUCCGCGCUACUGUUCGAUGUGGACAGUAAGGAUGCGAGCGUGGGUAUGAGCUGUCCGCCGGCCGCCUUUCUCGAGCGGGAGGUGCUCGCCAACGUGCGCAAGCUGACGGGCGACUGCGGACUGUUCGUGCUGAAUCUGGUGUGUCGCAAUGAGGCGCUGCGGGAAACGACGGUGGAAGGUUUGAAGCGCGCGUACCGGUACGUGCUUUCGUACCAGCUGGAGGAGGAUGUGAACGAGAUUUUCUACUGCACCGACAACGAACGGCUGAAGGAGGUGACGAACUGGCAGGAGCUGCUGCGCACGGCAGCGGACGACGUGAACAAGCUGGCGCGGAAGGAGAAGCUAACGCUCGAGCAGGAGCUGGUGGAUUUGAGUGACUUUAUCACUGCCCUUAAAAUAUAGGACGAGCAAUGUGUGGCGUUGUGUUGUACAGAAUAUUGCAAGAAGACAAGCGUACUGUUUGGGGGAUGUGAUAUAGUACUUUCGAAAGUAGAAACAUUUGAAUUGAAAAAGAUCUCAUCCACACACAUUAGCUUCUAUUGAUAACAAAAUAAUUUAUUUCGGUUGAACUACUUGCACGUUUCAACGGUAGUAUUCCCUUCCCUACUUCCUGUUCUCAUUUUUCCCACCUUUUCCACUAAUUUUACCUUCAAAAGACCGCAAUUACCGUUUCUGUGUGUCCCGUGAAAAAGCAAAAAAAGGGACAAUUUCCUACUAAUUCACACGAUCGCAAUAUUGCAACUUGUUUUUAUUUUACCUUUCUCCAUAACACACUCGGUUCUUUUUUGUGAUUAUAAUGCCCCAUUUAACACCUACUACUGGAACUGGUACAUCAAAACGUACUUUUUUUUUUCUUCUAAUGGUGUGCGGCACAGGAAAACGCUUAGCGUACGUGUGCGGUUAAACAUGCAUACGGUGGUGUUAUCACCAUUAAUGGCGCCAUUGUGUUUCCAAUACACGGUAUAGAAGGGGAGGGGAGGUGUGGUUUUGAAUUUUGGUUACACAAAUUUUUUGGUUUAAUUCGCUAACAGAACGGUGUUAAAUUGCCUAAACAGUUUCUAUUCUCAUUUUUAUCCUCUUUUUAAUAAUUUUCUUUAAAAAAAUUGGGCCCCUUUUUGAACAGGCGCCUUGGAAAUUCCUAUAAGAUUUAUCCAACAAGGGUGCUAUAGAGUCCAAUUCCCAUUAGUUCAUUUCAAGUAUGAAGGUGUCAAUAAAGUGUCCCACAGCUAUGAGAACUCCUGGAACACCCCUGUAAACCACGUGGGAGAGCUUUUUUUCUUGCACAAACAAUUGAAAUAAUUUAUAAGGAGACAUUUUCAAAACCAUGCUUUCGAAGCGGGAUGGAAAAAGGAAACAAUAGCGGGUUCUCGCUGAACGAACGCGGUUCUACCUUACACGCCCUCUAAUAUGUGACACAGAGCUACAGUACAGUUAAUAUUAACGGCGACAGUGGUUCGUGUGAUUUUUUUUUUUCUCUUCAAUCUACAUUUACUAUUUAAAUUAACCGUUUUCUCGCCGCCUCGUCCCAUCAAGCAGAGAUGGUGUUACAUAGACAUCAAACAUAAAUAAGAGA